AUGUCCUCCUACGGCAAACUCGACGAGCAUGAGCAAGCCAUACUUGAGGCAAGUCGGAGGACAAGAAAGCGAAUAGCCAUUAUCGCUAUAUCUUCCAUUGUUCUCGUCUGCAUCAUCGUCGGAGCCGUCGUUGGAACCACAGCUCACGCUAACGGCAAGAAACCGUCGACGGAGGGUAACGGAGAGCCAAUCUCCGCCUCGGUGAAAGCCUUGUGCGACGUGACAUUGCACAAAGACAAAUGUCUAGAGACCGUUGGAUCCGCUCCCAACGCGAGCCGACUAAACCCGGAGGAGCUCUUCAACUACGCCGUCAAGAUUACCGUCACGGAGCUCUCCAUAGUCCUCAGCGAGUUCUCUAACGGCGAACACAUGGAUAACGCCACGUCAGCAGCAAUGGGAACUUGCGUGGAGCUUAUCGGGCUAGCCGCUGACCAACUCAACGAAACGAUGACGUCAAUCAAAGACAAAACGAAGAACAGCGACGAUCUCAGGACGUGGCUUAGCUCCGUGGGAACGUACCAAGAAACGUGUAUGGAAGCAUUAGUGGAAGCCAACAGACCCAGUUUGACGACUUUCGGAGAAACUCAUUUGAAAAACUCCACGGAGAUGACUAGCAAUGCGUUAGCCAUCAUAACGUGGCUAGGGAAGAUCGCUGACACCGUUAACCUGGGACGACGUCGUUUAAUGGCUAGUGGUGAGGCCAAAGUCGUUGCUAAUGACUUGCCGAUGAUGAUGAUGAAAGGUCGGAGACUUUUGGAGAGUGGUGAUUUGAGGAAGAAAGCCAAUAUCGUGGUGGCGAAAGACGGGUCAGGGAAGUAUAGAACGAUAGGUGAGGCUUUAGCACAAGUGGAGGAGAAGAAUGAGAAGCCUACGAUUAUAUAUGUGAAGAAAGGAGUUUACUUCGAGAACGUUAGGGUUGAGAAGAAGAAAUGGAACGUUGUGAUGGUUGGAGAUGGACAGAGUAAGACUAUUGUCUCUGCUGGACUCAACUUCAUCGAUGGAACCCCCACCUUCGAAACCGCCACAUUUGCUGUGUUUGGAAAGGGGUUCAUGGCUAGGGACAUGGGUUUCGUCAACACAGCUGGUCCAGCCAAGCAUCAAGCAGUAGCUUUAAUGGUAAGCGCAGACUUAUCUGUGUUCUACAAGUGCACCAUGGAUGCUUUCCAAGACACGAUGUACGCUCAUGCCCAACGUCAGUUUUACCGUGAUUGUUCCAUCUUCGGAACCGUUGAUUUUAUAUUUGGAAACGCUGCGGUUGUAUUUCAAAAUUGCCAAAUCUUGCCUCGUCGCCCUAUGAAAGGCCAGCAGAAUACGAUAACCGCUCAGGGCCGGAAAGAUCCGAACCAAAACACAGGGAUUUCUAUCCACAAUUGUACCAUCAAGCCUUUGGAUAACCUAACAGAUAUCCAAACGUUCCUAGGCCGGCCUUGGAAGGAGUUCUCUACAACGGUGAUCAUGAAGUCAUUCAUGGACGGAUUUAUCAAUCCUAAAGGGUGGUUACCAUGGGUAGGAGAUACCGCACCAGACACGAUCUUCUACGCCGAGCACUUAAAUUUCGGGCCAGGAGCCUCGACCAAGAACAGGGUUAAGUGGAGAGGGUUGAAGACGUCUUUGACAAAGAAGGAAGCAAAUAAGUUCACUGUGAAACCUUUUAUAGACGGCAAUAACUGGUUACCAACGACUAGGGUUCCCUUCAAAUCUGAUUUUUGAUUCUUUUUGUUUUCUAACGAACAUACAAUAUUUCCUUC